GGUGUGCGUGAGUUAGUAAAAAUUACCAUAAAUCUCAAUGGGUCGCUGGAAAUAAAAAAGGCUGCCCUGGUGAACUUGAGGCGACAGUUUGUGUUGAAUUCACCUGGCUAACGGACGUUCUAACGGACACAGCCCGCGUUUUGGCUCGCUUUGGUUUAAGGGCUUGCGUGGUAAAUUGUGUAAAAUUUCAGUGAGUGGGUUUUGUGUUGUAAGCGAUGUCCAAGUGGCAACAAGCUAAACAAAUAAAUGUCCAAUUAUUGCACCUAAGUGGUCACAUUUAAGGCAUGGUGCGUCGCUCAUCGAGUGUACCGCAUCUGAAUAGCAGCGGUGCCAGUAGCGCAGAUAGUGCCGGUAACUCCGGUAGCCGUGGACGUGUUAGAGCUUCGCGUGGUAACGUUAAGAAGUCAACCGCAACUCCGCCGGCGUCUACACAGCGCCAGAGUUCGGGUAGUACCAACAAUAGUGUACCGCGUUCCCGUAGCCUCACCAAUGGCAUGCGUCGAUUGAGUCCUCAAAAAGGAGGUAGUGGGAGUGGAGGUUCCCGCAACACGCCGUAUUUUCUACGCUCACGUGAAAAUGAAAUUGGUAGCGCAGAGACCUUGGAGAUUGUUGCCUCAAAAUCGACGGGCAGUGAGGAGCCUUCAACUCCGGAGGAUAAUAUCAAUGUGGUUGUACGCGUACGUCCGCUCAAUGAGAAGGAAAAACGUGACAGAUAUGGGCCAACCUUACAAUUUCCUGGCAACGGUCAAGUUAUAAUUGAAGGCAAUGAUGUGGGACAGAAGCGUUCACACAAUCGCGACAGCGUUCGUGUAUUCACUUACAAUGUGGUCUUUGAACCUGGAGCCACACAAGACGAUAUUUUGGACUACUCAGGCAUAAAGAGAAUCAUUGAAAUGGGCAUUGAGGGAUUCAGUUGUACGGCAUUUUGUUAUGGCCAAACUGGAUCGGGAAAGACUCACACACUAACCGGCCCACCGGAUUUGUUUAUGGGCAAACCAAAUCCAAAAGAUCCGCGACACGGCCUCAUCUUCCGUUCGUUUGUGUACCUCUUCCAGUUGAUUAAGAAUCGUAAAGAUGUUAAUUAUGUUUUAAAGGCCUCCUUUAUGGAGAUUUACAAUGAACGGGUAAUCGAUUUGCUGAAUCCGGGAAGUGCACGAAAGCCUCUGGCUGUGCGAUGGUCCAAGAAAUCUGGAGGUUUCUUUGUAGAGAAUCUAUUCACAGUGGACUGCGAGGAACUGGAUGAUCUGCUGGCGGUUCUCGAAGAGGGUAUGCGUAACCGGGCCGUAGGAUCUCAUGCAAUGAACGAUCAUUCAUCCCGAUCGCACACAAUCUUAACGGUGCACAUUCUCUCUGACCAACAAACCGAUGGCGGAGUGUUCCUCUCCAAGCAUGGAAAGAUCAACUUCGUAGAUCUAGCUGGUAGCGAACUGACCAAAAAGACCAUGAGCGAGGGCAAGACAUUGGAAGAGGCGAACAAUAUAAACAAAAGUCUCAUGGUGUUGGGCUAUUGCAUAGCCUCGUUGAGUGAUAACAAAAAACGGACCGGCCACAUACCCUAUCGGGAUAGUCAACUAACAAAACUGCUGGCUGACAGCCUGGCGGGAAAUGGUGUUACGCUGAUGAUCGCCUGCGUUUCCCCAGCUCACUACAAUCACGCAGAGACCUUGAAUACCCUACGAUAUGCGUCGAGGGCCAAGCGUAUACGCACCAAGCCGGUAAUUAUGAUGGAUCCCAGAGAGGCUUUGAUUCUCAGUCUCAAGCGGGAUAUACACGGCCUGCAAAUGGAGAACGAUCACUUGAAAGCGGCCCUCAAUCUGCAUCAUCAAGCGGCCGUUAAUGCUGGACAGGGAGAAACAGUCGACAAUCUGCUAGAGCUGCAGUUAGGUGGCAACAGUGCACCCUUGCCCAAAGUGGAUCUGGAACGUUUGCCAGAAUUGGAUGGCACGGAGCUGGCUGAAUUGGUUAAACUCUAUAUGGCAGAGAAUGAAUCAUUAAGGCAGGAAAAUAAUCAUCUCUUUACCGUGCGAGAGACUAUACUCAGGGAUCAGGAGAUCGUGUGCAGGGAAAACGAACGUUUGCUCAAAAAACUGGAGGAUGUUAACAAAGUUUGUGUGCGUUCGCCCUUAAUACCAGCUCGUCCAGCCAUAUCACCAACCACUGGCAAAGAGACCCCUGGAACAGAAAUCUGGACAAAUCCCGAACUAGUCGGUAGUGCCCAAUCCAAUGCAAUUCAAUCGGAGGAUGCUACUUUGCCGCUUGGGCAACGAAUGUCCGAGAAUACCGAUAGACGGACAGAUACGGCCCAAAAACGAAUCGAUCAACAGCGCAUUGCUAGGAAUAUUUUGCUAAUGGCCAAUGCAUUCAGACGGCCAAAUGGAGAGCCGGGGCAGGUGCCUGGGCACCUGAAGCAGGAGGGGCAAACCAACCCUGCAGCCAACUUAAUGCCUGACAUGUUGACUUAAACAGAAAUACACAUAAUACAUAUUAAUGUA